AAACAAAUGGCUAAUGAAACAUCCAUCUCAGAGUUCCUGCUCCUUGAAUUCGCAGUGAUACGAGAACUGCAGAUCCUUCACUUUUUUUUAUUCCUGACCUUGUACCUGGCAACUAUCACAGGGAAUCUUCUCAUCAUUUCUGCAGUGGCUUUUGACCACCGCCUGCACACACCCAUGUAUUUCAUUCUCAUGAACUUGGCCAUACAGGACCUUGGCUCAGUUUCAGUCAUUAUCCCCAAGUCCAUGGUCAAUUCCCUUAUGAAUACCAGAGACAUUUCUUACUCUGGAUGUGUUGUUCAAGUUUUCUUUUUUGUGUUCUUUGUAGGAUCUGAUUUUUUUCUCCUCACUGUCAUGGCAUAUGACCGGUAUGUCGCCAUUUGCAAUCCUUUACAAUAUGAAAUGGUGAUGAACAGGCAUGCUUGUACCCAGAUGGUUGUAAUAGUAUGGAUCACUGGACUUCUUUACGGUGCCCUGCACACUAGUGGCACCUUUGCCACUACUUUCUGCUCCAAUAUUGUCAAUCAGUUCUACUGUGAAAUACCACAGCUGCUUAGAAUUGCCUGCUCUGACUCAUAUCUAACUGAAGUUAGUGCUCUCGCAGUCAGUGUAAUUCUGGAAUUUGGUUGCUUUGUCUUCAUCAUUGUAACUUAUGUAUUGAUCUUUUCUACAGUGCUGAGAAUGCCUUCUGUCCAGGGACGGCAAAAGGCCUUCUCCACUUGUUUUCCGCAUCUUAUUGUUUUCUCUACCUUUAUAGUUACUGGGUGGUUUGCUUAUCUGAGGCCUCCUUCUAAAGCACCAUCUGAUCUGGAUAUGGCAUUAACUGUGAUCUAUACUUUUGUUCCACCUAUGUUUAAUCCCAUUAUUUAUAGCAUGCGGAACAAGGAGAUCAAACUUGCCCUUUCAAAACUGUUUGUUCAGUUGUGCUCUUCUGAGAAAAUAUCUAGUUUUUUUGCCUAA